CCCAGAUUCAUACCCUUCUUGCAAGAAUUGGACCACAACGACAGCACGCCAUGUCCGGCACAUCAACAAAGAAGCGUUCAUUGAACAAUGGCCCCAAGGACAAGGCGGCGCGACCCACCAAGAAGCAGAGGCAAAUGGCCGCAUACCACAGCAGCUCAGAAGAGUCCGCGAGUGACAAUGAGGACGCGCCCGUCCCAGCCAAUCUCCUCGAUUCGGACGAUGAGGACUUAGACAACAUCGAAGUCGACGACGGCGCAUCCUCGGAAGGUUCACCAUCCGACUCUGACUCGCACUUCGAAGCCGAAUCGACGUCAAGACGGCAACCGGCGCCCAAGCCAAAACAACCGACAAAGAAGUCCUUCGUCGCCAAAGAUGCGCCCGAUUCAGACACCGCCUCCUCCGACGAAGAAGCCAACGUCGAUAGUGCAGACGACCAUCAACAUGACUCCUUCUCAGACGCCGCCAGUCACAGCGACAGCGCUCAGGGCUCCUCCCGACCUAAAUCGAAACGCAACGACCCGGCCGCCUUCGCAACCUCCAUCUCCAAGAUGCUCUCCUCCAAACUGCCAGUAUCACGGCGCGCCGAUCCCAUCGUUGCCCGCAGCGGCGCCGCCGCCGAACACGCCCGCCAGGCCGUCGACGCGGCGCUCGAGGCCAAAGCGCGCAAGCGGCUGCGCGAGCAGAAGCGGCUGGCCAUGGAGAAGGGCCGGGUGCGCGACGUGCUGGUGGCGAGCAAGACGCGCACGCUCAAUGUGGUGACAGGCGAGAUCGAGGAGGUGCCGGACGAGAAAGGGGCCCAGACGACCGAGGAGAUCUUGGCGGCUGAGCGGAGACUGCGCAAGGUCGCGCAGCGCGGUGUGGUCAAGCUGUUUAACGCCGUUCGUGCGGCGCAGGCCAAGGCGGCCGAAGCGGAGCGGCUGGCUAGGAGGGAGGGAGUUGUCGGGUCCAAGAGAAAGGAGGAGAAAGUUACUGAGAUGAGUAGGAAGGGGUUUUUGGACUUGAUUGCAAGUGGAGGCGGCGGGCUAAAAAAAGGUGGCUUGGAGGAGGCGUAACAUGGGACAGGUUGGCUUGGACGUUGGUAUUGGUGUCGUUUCCUUCAGAGUAGCGUCUCUGUUUGUCUAUGUACAGCACCUCCUGGCGGUGCGAGCUAUUCGUACAUGUGCAUGGCCCCGCCACGACCGCGUCUCAAAAUCUCCAGGAGGCGUCGCCGCGUCAGUUCGACCAAACAUUCCAGCCAAGUCCAGGCCAUACUUUUGGUAUCUAUGCGCGCUUU